GGAGCUGCAGUGCGCAAAUAGGAAUCGAUCGUUUUUUUUUGUGAUAUACUGUUAUUUGUUUCGGAGAACACGGCUGAUCCUACUUGUUGGAAUGCUUCGGGGUGGAGGUUUACGUGUCCAAGUGCAAUCGUGCGUCCCAGUGCAGAUGAUGUUUUUUCGUAACCACAAUUCUGUCGGUACGAUAAGAGCGGCGAUAGUGCAGGAUCUCCAGUUGUGUCUCCACCAUAAAAGCAGGAUAUCGGCAAGUGCAGCUAAUACUGUUCGUCAUCGUAAUCAACAGCAUCGAACAAUGACCUCGACAUCGAAUGAGACAACUUCCAAUAAGUUUGACCUUCCGAGGCGCUAUCAGGGAAGCACCAAGAGUGUCUGGGUUGAAUAUAUUCAGCUUGCUGCCCAAUAUAAACCCUUGAAUCUCGGACAAGGAUUUCCGGAUUACCAUGCGCCCAAAUAUGCUACCGAUGCCCUGGCAGCGGUUGCGAACAGCUCCAAUCCGUUGGCCAAUCAGUAUACCCGAGGAUUCGGACAUCCCCGAUUGGUACAGGCACUAAGUGAUCUUUAUUCGCAGCUGGUUGGCCGUACCAUCAAUCCGAUGAGCGAGGUGUUGGUUACGGUCGGUGCAUAUGAAGCUCUGUAUGCGACUAUCCAAGGCCAUGUGGACGAGGGUGAUGAAGUGAUAAUCAUCGAACCGUUUUUUGACUGCUACGAGCCAAUGGUGAAAGCGGCGGGUGGAGUGCCCAGGUUUAUUCCGCUCAAACCGAACAAAACCGAGGGAACUAUCUCAUCGGCGGACUGGGUGCUGGACAAUAACGAAUUAGAAGCAUUAUUCAAUGAAAAGACGAAGAUGAUCAUCGUCAACACUCCGCAUAAUCCACUAGGCAAGGUAAUGGAUCGUUCUGAGCUGGAAGUGAUAGCCAAUCUCUGCAAAAAGUGGAACGUCCUUUGUGUUUCUGACGAGGUGUACGAGCAUAUGGUAUUUGAACCGUACGAACAUAUUCGAAUUUGUACUCUGCCUGGCAUGUGGGAUCGUACCAUUACGAUAGGUUCAGCAGGCAAAACAUUUUCCCUCACUGGCUGGAAGAUUGGAUGGGCUUACGGACCGGAAGGACUGCUGAAGAACCUUCAAAUGGUUCACCAGAAUAGCGUUUACACAUGUGCCACUCCGAUCCAGGAAGCCGUUGCCGUUGGAUUCGAAACCGAACUGAAGCGACUGAAAAGCCCCGAGUGCUACUUCAACAGCAUUUCUGGGGAGCUAAUGGCCAAGCGGGACUACAUGGCUAGCUUCCUAGCCGAGGUGGGAAUGAAGCCAACCGUUCCCCAGGGGGGUUACUUUAUGGUGGCCGAUUGGUCGUCAUUGACUUCCAAGGUGGACCUGUCGCAGGAGACCGACGCGCGGAAGGACUAUCGCUUCACGAAGUGGAUGACAAAAUCGGUUGGGCUGCAGGGAAUUCCUCCGUCUGCUUUUUACAACGAGGGAAACAAGCAUUUGGGCGAGGACUUUGUCCGUUACUGCUUCUUCAAGAAGGACGAAAAUUUACAGAAAGCGGCUGAAAUAUUGCGGAAGUGGAAGAAUACGUAGUGAAAAACAUGCAGCGCAUUUUUCUCGAUAGGGAAGCAAAACUAGAAUGAAUACAGGAUCUAGCAUUUUAUGUGCUUUAGUGAGGUUAUAUAAAAAAAUGUUAUAUAUAGAACCUUCAAUAAAUUGUUUAUUGUUAGGUCAUUUCAAGUAUGAGGAACUAAAUAUUAAAAUGUAGUUCAUUUCUACGUAUGUAUUUACCAAACGUUAUA